GUGUACAGGAUCCUCAACAUGAGAAGAUAAUUACUGUGACUACUAAUGGAAGUAUUCACAGCCCAAAGUUUCCACACACAUACCCACGCAAUACUGUACUAGUGUGGAGAUUAGUAGCAGUAGACGAAAAUGUAUGGAUACAGCUUACUUUUGAUGAAAGAUUUGGGCUUGAGGACCCAGAAGAUGAUAUUUGCAAGUAUGACUUUGUAGAAGUUGAAGAGCCUAGUGAUGGCACUGUUUUAGGGCGCUGGUGUGGUUCCAGUAGUGUGCCAAGCAGACAAAUCUCCAAAGGAAACCAGAUCAGAAUAAGAUUUGUGUCUGAUGAAUAUUUUCCUUCUGAACCUGGAUUCUGCAUCCAUUAUACACUUCUUAUGCCA